UAGCAUCUUCAGCUAAGAGACCUUGUUUGGGCUUUUGGUUUCUACGUUUUUGGAAGUCUCAAGGGUUAUGGAUUUCCCAGGUCACUUCGAGCAGAUCUUCCAGCAGCUCAACUACCAGCGCGUCCACAGCCAGCUAUGUGACUGCGUCAUUGUGGUGGGCAGCAGACACUUUAAAGCCCACCGCUCAGUGCUUGCAGCCUGCAGCACACACUUCAGAGCGCUGUUCACUGUUGCAGAGGGCGAUGCCAGCAUGAACAUGAUCCAGCUGGACAGCGAGGUGGUGACGGCUGAAGCAUUUGCCGCGCUGGUGGACAUGAUGUACACAUCAACGCUGAUGCUGGGGGAGAGCAAUGUCAUGGAUAUCCUACUCGCUGCUUCACAUUUGCACCUAAACAAUGUUGUCAAGGCCUGCAAGCACUACCUGACCACUCGCACGCUGCCCAUGUCCCCCUCGACAAGCCACCACCACCCCCAGCAGGAGCCUCAGAGGCACAGGCAGCAGCAAGCAGCAGAUUUAGUGAACCCUAGUCUAGCAUCCAAUCCAAACCUCACAGCCACUGCUGCCACAUCCAAAUUGCAGCGUUCCUUCCUCCUGCAGCAGCUGGGCCUCAGCUUGGUCAGCUCGGCCCUGGGGGGCAUGGAGGAGGAUGCGGUGGGCAAUAGAGUGGUGGAACAAGCCUCCUUCCCAAUAAGGCGCUUUCACAAACGUAAACCCUCUGUAGCAAUGGGACUCUCAGAGGAGAGACCCCGACAGAGGCAGCGGUCCUCAGCCUCCAACUUGGGACUGUUAGGAGAAGAUGUGGGGAACAUGGCGCGAGAGGAGGGGGUGCUCCUCUCACCCGACUCACACAAGAUGGGGGAUGAAUCCAAGUUGGAUGCUGGAAUCGGCGGGUUGGCGCCUCCCGAUGACCCUCAGAUGCCGAGUCAGUCAGAUAGCGGGCAGUGUGAAGGGGAGAACCUGGGAAGGAUUCAGGUGGGGGUGAGCAAGGAAGAGGACAUGUGUGAUGAUGAUCAUAAAGAGGACAGAGGAGGGAUGAAGAUCAAAUCAGCUGCAGAGGAGGAGGCUGAAGAAGAGGAGCAGAAGGUGGUCGUUAAACGGGAGCCUCUCAGUUCACCAGAGCCUGCAGAUGAACACAGCGACGUGACGUCGCAGGCAGAAGGCAGCGACCCGGCUGAGCCUGGCUGUCAGGAGGAGGAGGAGAAGGUGGAGCUGAGUCCGGAGAGCAGCGACCGCAGCUUCACCUCUGAACCCCAGCCAAGCUCCGGCCCCCUGCUGCAGUCCAGCUCACAGCUUCUCCUCAAGAGCAGCAUGGGAGGAGGAGGAGGUGGUGGAGGAGGCACUGGGCUUGGAGGAGAUUAUGGCUGUAGUAAUGGUCUGAGUGGAAAGUCCAGUUUCAAUAUUUCCAGCUUCCUGGGGCAGAAGGAUUUUGGUGGUGGCCGGUCAGGGAUGGUUUCUGGAGAGGACGCUCUCCCCAACACGACGACAGGGGAUUCUGUGUCUCAUCACUUCCUGCUCAGACAAGACGCCGCCAGACCGUCCGGCUCUGCCUCUUCGUCUCUUCUGCAGUCGGGUCCGCUCAGUGGUGAGGGUGGAAACCACUUCGGAGAACCAGAUUCUCUGUUCCUCCACCCCCUGCACGAUGGUUUGGGAAACCCCAGAGGAAGUGGGAGUGGAGGUCGUGGAGGAGUGGAUCCUUUUGGCUUGGACUUCCAGCGCUCUAGUCUGGGUUUUCACUCGCUGGGGCGCCCCUCGAGAGGGACGGGAGGAGCCUCCUCUCUGGGUUUUCCUAGCUACAGGCGCAUCGCUCCCAAACUUUCCUCCGGAGUAGGAGGAGAAGAGAGAGUUAGUGGGGUUCUUCAAGACGCCGCCUCCUCCUCUUCUUCAAGUCUGACCAGCCCCCUGCUUCUCAACGAGAGCGGAGGGUAUGAGAUGAGCAGCGGCAGGUCCACCUCCCUGCCGCCUCAGCUCACGCGGGCUUCAGCAGACGUCCUGUCAAAGUGCAAGAAGGCGCUCUCGGAGCACAACGUCCUGGUGGUGGAAGGGGCACGAAAGUACGCCUGCAAGAUCUGCUGCAAGACCUUCCUCACCCUGACCGACUGCAAGAAACACAUCCGUGUCCACACGGGAGAGAAGCCCUACGCCUGUCUGAAGUGCGGGAAACGCUUCAGCCAGUCCUCCCACCUGUACAAGCAUUCAAAAACCACAUGUCUGCGCUGGCAGAACAGUAACAUGUCCAACGCCCUGCUGUGAACAGCUGCAGGACUGAACUUUGGCUCCCAGGGUUUUUUUUUUUUUAAGUUCUGAUAGAAUUAUUGGAUUUCAUCAUCUGCUUUUUCCAAAUCAAACAGUCCAGAUCAAAGACC